UUUACGCGGCUCCACAAUGUCCAGCAGCCGGUGGAUUCAUUGUAACAUUUGCUUCCAUUUGCUGGAUAAAAAGGAUCGCAAGUUUUAUCAAUUGUCCUGCCGCCACGUCCUCUGCAAACAAUGUAUGGGCAGAACGAAUCGUGGAACGGUCUGUCCCGUUUGUCAGAAACCGCUGGAUCGCUUCACCGAGCUGACAAAUCAGAUGGAUCGCGAGGACAAAAUGUUUUUCGAUCCGGGUGUAGUCAGAGCACUACAUGUGGUUGGCCAGAAUGUACUAUUUCAGCACCGACAGCGCGAGCAUCUUGUUCAACAAAUCAUCCGCCGUCGCGAAGGGCUGCCUAAGCUGCGCGAAAUGGAGAACCAGUUGCGCCAGCGGAUAGUGGAAACACAACGGCGCUACGAAAAGCUACGCACCUAUCGCCGCAAUCUGCAGGAGCGCCUACGAAGCACGUCGCCGAGGGCCUCGCCGAGGGGCCAAAGCAGCACCGCGGGCCUCGGAGCAGGAGAGCGGUGCCGACGGCCGAUGCCGUAUGGCAGUCCAGCACCAUCGACCAUCAUCCGUGAGUCGUCGCCGUCGUCGCAGAACCACCAGCGUCGCAAACCGUAG